GGGUUGCUUGCGAAUAUCUAGUUGAUUCUUAUGAGUAUCUCCUCGAAAGAAGAGGUAUGGCGGGACAAGGUCCAACUAGCUGAAACCGAACUGCCCCUGUGGCGAUAUCGCUCAGCCCUACAUGACCAGCUGAUCGGAUGAAGGCUAUGACCGCCACGUCUUCAUACAUCGUCAACACCCGACAAUAUCUACUGGUCAUCUAUCGCCGCCUGCUAUCAUUCUUCUCAUCAUUUUAUUGUACCAUCUAAAACCGGAUUAUGUCUUGUAUCAAUUAUAUUUACUGGGCUAAAGGCUGUGGUUCUACUUCUUUAGCUCGAAGCUCAACGAUCGCCACCUCUAGAACGACGAGCCAUUGUGAUCUGCCGACGUGAAGGGCGGUGCCAUAAGGCAGUGCUACCAACCCCCGGAGCCUUGCGAUCUCGACAGCAUUGCAGCCUGUGCUGCAGUUAACCGCCGUCAUGAACUCGGUCAUCCCAAAUCUGCCUCUCCCCAAGGCACCCUGGAGAGCAAACUCUUCAUCGUCGAAGGAGUCACUGGUAUCCCAUUCCGUGGAUAACGUUCGCGCCGGUGAGGCUGAGCAAGCAAGCGAACUUGAAAUAGAGCUUGAUCCUCCUAACUUGCGAGACUUAAACACAUCUCUUCAAUUACUAUCCGAAGUGUUUCCCGAGAUCCAACCCGAAGUCCUACGUGAAAUGCUGUCCUCGUUCAGCGAAGAAAGCCGGGUCCAGGUGGUGACGGAGAAUCUUCUCAAGAAUCCCUCGAAAUGGGUCCGAGGACGCGUUCGAGCUUAUCACGAAAGUGAGCCAAAGCAUGACGCAGGGAAGGAUGGACGUGCAACGAAUUCCGGUCUUCCACCUCCGUCCGGAACCUCACAUCCUGAUCCCGCGCCUCUUGCCCGCGAAGAGCAGUUUAGAAGCCCCAUGUACUGCGGAGCAGUGAGGGAGGUAUUCUACUUCGAAUUCAAAGGGUUGUCACGGAGUACCAUCCGAGCCAUUCUAGCAGAGAACAAUUACUCCUAUGGUGCCUCCCGCCCCGUCCUUCUUGCUUUGGUUUCGAAAUCAUGGCGGUUCUCCCUGACAUCGUUUUUCUUUCGUCGCCGCAUCCCCACUACCGAUCCCACGUCUCAUCCAGCUGUUUAUUGGCGGCCGAAUCGCAAGACGGGCAAAAAUGAACCUCAUCUUCGGUACACGCCUUCAGCGGAGUUGAAUAUCGAGUUAUGGGCAAUGCUUAUCGAGCCUUGGGUUGAGUCUGAAAAAGAAGCCCAGAAAAAGGGCGAUCGAGCAGUCGCCGAUCAACUGAAUACCGCUCAAGCGGAAGAUGUGGAAGAGCUGUAUGACUGUGGUUGCUGCUUCUCCACCACAACUAUGGAACAUAUGGCAGCAUGCGACGACCAAGGCCACUUCGUUUGCUCCACCUGCGUCCGGGCUGCCGUCAACGAAGGCCUCUAUGGACAGGCAUGGGGGCGUAAUGUCAAUGUCGGCCGAGGAACUUUACGAUGUUGUGCUCCAAACCUAUCCAUGAGCGGCGACGAUUGUCAAGGCUGCAUCCCUCUGGAACACGUCGAGAAAGCCCUCAGAGAAGACGAUAAUGGCGAUGUCACGGCGCGCAAAUUUUCAGACCGUUUCGCGAAAGAGUCGAUACAGAAAAGCAGACUUCCAGUCGCCCAAUGUCCGUUCUGUUCGUAUGUCGAAGCGGACCAACUGGGCAUCUCCUUUACACUUUUACUGUUUCUCUUCUUCCCUUUCACCCGGCGAUGGCAUGCACUCAGUUAUGAUUGCAGUCCAGAAACCCUCGCAGAACUGCCGAAGCUACGAUUCAAGAAUCGAGAAACCUUCGUCGUAAUCCUUCUCGCUCUCGUCAAUCUCUGCUACCUCAUCCCUGGGAUCUUCCCCAUUCUCAGUUUCUUUGCAUUUAUCACCAUUACAUCCGUAUUAUCCGUCAUCGCCACUCCUCCUUCCCUCAGAACACAAUUCACAUCCUACCUCGGCUCCAUGCCGCGCCAACUCUCCUCCUCCCUCCACCGUCCUCUCCGUCGCAAGAUGGCCCCCCGCCUCCUCUGCCGCAACCCCUCCUGCCUCCGCCCCUCCUGCCUCAACUGCCACGCCUCCUGGCCACCCAACACCGCGCACGUCUGCUUCACCUCGGCACGCGACUCGCUCCGCCUGGCGCUCGAAUCCGCCGCCACCUCCGCGAUCAAGCGCACGUGCCCGUCCUGCAGCCUCUCCUUCCUCAAGGACUCCGGGUGCAACAAGCUGGUGUGUCCGUGCGGCUACGUCAUGUGCUACGUGUGCCGGCGGCAGAUCACCACGGCGGAGGGGUAUUCGCAUUUCUGCCAGCAUUUCCGUGAGCGGCCCGGGGAUGCGUGCAGGGAUGGGGAGGAUGGCGGGUUGUGUGGGAAGUGCGACCUGUAUCGCGUGGAGGGAGAGGAGGAGACGAUUCGGCGGGCGGUAAGGAGGGCGGAGGAGGAGUGGUGGGAGCAGGAAGGGAAGAAGAUGGCGAGAGGGAGGGAGAUGGAGGGGUUGAGAAGGGGCUUGGAUAUGAACAUCGAGGGACAUGAGAUCCGGGUCGGUGGGGUACAAUCGCCAGGCGACCCAGGGACGAGACUACGAAAGUGGUGGAGAAAAAUGAGUGUUGACUACGUCGUGGAAGUGUUUUGGGAUACUUUCGUGGUCUGAAUGAAUCGAACUCAUUUUAUGCGUCCAUUUCUGUGCUCCUAUUGUCUAUCCACAAUUGUAGUCUUCAUUUUCUUGAGGUUCUAUACGAUGUUUGUUGGCCGGUUCGGUUGUGAAAUUCAACCAUGGGGCUGACAGGGUCACAGUAAACUUUUCCAGCAUAAAAAAACCAAUUCCCACCCUGUCAUUUUGUUGAAUAUUUCGACAAUACAGACGAAUGAAUGGCAU